CUACCCAUAAAAUUGAAAAAAAAAGAAAAAAAAAAAGGGGGAAAUUCUCUCACACACAGACGAGGAGAAGAGGGGGGUAGGUGGUUCCAGACAAGCUACAACAGCAACUACACCACCACUAGACAUCUCAAAGUUAAAACCCCACGCAAUUUGCUUUAUUAAAUAAAACCAAACCAAUCUCUCCCAGCCUACUCUCUCUCCUCAUCUCUCUCCAUCGAUUUUCAUUAGAGAGAUCAAUGGCUUCUUCUACUCUUACCUCCAAGUCCUUUCUCGGUUCCUCAAGAAUCGACGGUGCUUCAAUAUCCUCCGACCUCCGUAAACUCUCAAUAUCCUCCGUUCAGAUCUCCUUCCGCUCACGUAUUCCAAAGAAACUCCAAAUAAAUGCGGCGGGAAGCACAUUUGGGACUAAUUUUAGAGUAACUACGUUUGGUGAGUCACACGGAGGUGGUGUUGGUUGUAUAAUUGAUGGAUGUCCUCCGCGCAUCCCCCUAUCCGAAGCUGAUAUGCAAUUUGAUCUAGAUAGAAGGAGGCCAGGUCAGAGCCGAAUUACGACUCCGAGAAAAGAGACGGAUACCUGCAAAAUAUCUUCCGGUGUUUCUGAAGGACUGACUACUGGGACGCCGAUUCAUGUAUUUGUACCAAAUACUGAUCAGAGAGGAUUAGAUUAUAGUGAAAUGUCAGUUGCUUACAGGCCUUCACAUGCAGACGCAACUUAUGACAUGAAGUAUGGUGUUAGAUCAGUUCAGGGUGGGGGUAGAUCUUCAGCAAGAGAAACAAUUGGAAGAGUUGCUGCUGGAGGUGUUGCUAAGAAAACUCUCAAACUAUAUGCAGGAACUGAGAUUCUUGCUUAUGUCUCUCAAGUCCACAAGGUUGUACUUCCAGAAAGUGUGGUUGAUCACGACUCUCUUACACUUGAUCAGAUAGAGAGCAAUAUUGUCAGAUGUCCAGAUCCUGAAUAUGCAGAGAAGAUGAUAGCUGCCAUUGAUGCUGUCCGAGUCAAAGGGGAUUCUGUUGGUGGUGUUGUCACUUGUAUUGUAAGGAAUGCACCGCGUGGGCUUGGUUCACCAGUCUUUGACAAACUUGAAGCUGAGCUUGCUAAAGCUGCUAUGUCACUACCUGCAACAAAGGGCUUUGAAUUUGGGAGUGGAUUUGCAGGCACUCUCUUGACUGGGAGUGAACAUAAUGACGAGUUCUACACAGACAAACAUGGAAGAAUCCGAACAAGAACAAAUCGUUCUGGUGGAAUACAGGGAGGAAUAUCAAAUGGUGAAAUUAUAAACAUGAGAAUAGCUUUCAAGCCAACAUCUACAAUAGGAAAGAAGCAACAUACAGUUACUAGAGAUAAAAAGGAGACAGAUCUAAUUGCUCGCGGUCGCCAUGAUCCCUGUGUUGUCCCACGAGCGGUACCAAUGGUGGAAGCUAUGGUGGCCUUGGUGCUCAUGGACCAGGUGAUGGCACAGUACUCGCAAUGCUAUCUGUUUCCCAUCAAUUCAGAGCUACAAGAACCCUUGAUAAUGCCAAGACUUGAGGCAGCCAAUGCGUCUGUAUGAAAGAUGGAGUCGCUGUAACACAAUUUUCAGCUGUCUAUAAGUGAUACUUGUGUCCACGACAGUUUUCUUGCUGAGACAUUUGGCUACAAGUUCAGAUUUUUUUUUCUUUUCUUUAAGUAUUCUGUUGUUGUUGUAAUCUCUGAAAUUGUUCACGCUCCUUUUCGCCCUCUCUCUCAUGGCAUAAUGUGAGCAGAUAUCUGAUAUUAUUCAUCAAUAAAAAAAAAUUGUAGAAGCAAAA